AUGUGGCUAGUGAAAUCUCUCAUUAUAUUGGCUGCUGGGACUUCUCUUGCCGAAGCAAUCACGAGCAAAAGCCUCUACAAGCCGUCGACUUGGACACAGGAUAACCAAACGCAGGUUCUUCCCGUCCACAAUGAAACAGUCUUUCAUCUAUCUUCGAAUGGAUCGAAUCCAUCGAUCGUCAUUCUGGAUUAUGGCAAAGAUGUUGAAGGCAUACCUACCUUCCGAGUCUCCCAGCAUCACGGAGAUACCAGCCGCUUUGAAAUCACAUACAGUGAGACUCUUAGUCUUCUUGAUUCCUACAUGGGCGACGGGCCUUUGACACUUGCAGCAGCAAUGGAUACCUAUCGCGUGAACCGCUAUAACAUCACUGCAACUGGACUAUACAAAAGCGAACUUGUCCAAGGUGGCCUCCGGUAUCAGAAGCUCAACCUAUCUACCGCCGGUGAAAUCGAAAUCUCUCACCCCGGGCUGAUCCCAACCACCGAUGUUACCCCCAUUAGCCAGCUUCCCGGCUCGUUCAACUGCUCCGACUCAGAGCUGACGCGCAUUUGGCAAACUGGAGCCCGCACCGUUCAACUCUCUGAGCUGCCAGCUCACUCUGUGCCGGAGUUCUGGAAAAUUACUCCUGACGGGGCUUUCGUCCACAGUGCGGCACCCCAGCCUUGGGCGGGCAGUGAUCUUGGAUCUACCUUGAUGCAAUACACCCUGAAAUUUUCUGCCAAGCCGACAGCUGGAGGGUUUGGAUUCACUGUCUUGAGUGACACGCUGGGCAGCGGCAUUUUUAUCUUCGUUGAUGCGGAGAGUCGAUCAAUUUCUGCUCAUGUGGGCUCAACAGAGCGAGACUCGGCCCCUCUUGCCUCCAUGAAGUUGAACUCGACAGUCUCAUACGGUACCUGGCAUAGUGUGAUUGCAGAUGUUAACAUGACCGAUAUCACUAUCUCCAUUGAUGGUCAUAUGGCUUUGAAGUUCUCUCAAACAUCUUCUUUCCUAGGCAGCUUCGGUCUGGGUGCUUCGUUUGGCCAAGCUGUUUACUACAGUAAUGUGUCCUUGACAACUGGUGGACGGGAGAUUUACAAGUCCUCCCUCGCAGAUAAGUCUGCGCUGAAUGACUUCCUCCUUGGUACUAAUCCCCUGCCCGUGCUUGUGGAUGGGUCGCGGAGAGACCGCAUUGCCUAUGCUGGCGAUCUCGAAACCGCUGCCCUUUCCUCAUUUGCUAGUACCAAUGGCAGGAAGUUUGUCAACGGAACUCUUGAGCUUAUGGGCUCUUUCCAGUUGACUCCAGGCUUCUUCGCGCCCACGGCGAAGAUCCAACAGCUACCACGCACAGAAGAGAUCCAAGCCAAUAUCACGGGUCUGAUUGGCUACUCGUUUUCUCUGGCAGCUACCGUCGGCGACUACUAUUCGAUGACUGCAGAGCCCGGCUUUGCCUCCCGCUGGGCACCGAGAAUACUGCGUCUGCUAGAUUGGGCGGAUUCACAGACGGUCCCGGUUCAAGAUGACAUGGACUCAAACAAGCUUCUCAACGUCUCCAAUACGCUCGGUGGUGGCUGGAAUUACUACGACCCCGCGCAAUCAGGCAUGGUCAUGAGCUUCAAUGCCAUAUAUGCCUUCGCCCUGCAGCAAUGUUUACCGUUGCUGUCUUUCGCCGGUAUUGGAAACCUGUCAACUUACGAGACCCGCCUUCGUGACCUUCGUCAUGCGAUCAAUACUAAUUUCUGGAACGAAGAGCUCGGCGCUUAUGGACUCUCGCUCUCGAGAAUGGGAAUAAUUUCCCAGGAGGCUAACGCCCUGGCUAUCCUUGCCAAUGUCCCAACCGCGGGAAACAACAGCAGAUCCUCUGCCAGUGUUCUGUCCGCCAUGAAACGUCACCUUUCCCUGCCCGCGAGCGGUCGCCCACUCGCGUUCUCCAACUCCAGUGUGAGCGCUGGAUUCGAACAGAAAGUCUCGCCCUAUGCUUCAGGCUACCAUCUGAGAGCCGCCCUUUACGCCAAUGAUUCCACCACUGCUCAGAAUCUGCUUACCUCGCUCUGGGCUCCCAUGGCCGAUCCAGCCGCAACCAAUUAUACAGGCUGCUUCUGGGAAACGCUAUUGCCAGAGGGCACUCCGGGCCUUGGAGGAAGCACUUCGCUCUGUCAUGCGUGGAGCUCUGGACCUACAGCUGCAUUGAGUCAAUAUGUUCUAGGCGUCCAACCUGUUGACGCUGGCUUCGACACAUGGAAAGUAGCUCCACAGACCCUCGAGCUUUCAUGGGCUGAAGGACUUUAUCCGACACCUCAUGGGCCCGUGGCAGUGAAAUGGGCCUACGAUGCAAUGGGAGCUCUCAAAAUGAAGGUUUCUGGACCUGUGGGUACCCAAGGCAUAGUGAAACUAUCAUUACGACCAGGCCGUACUACAGUUGACAAUAUACGGUACAAGGUCUCGGGGAACUCGUCUGCUAUCACAUCAGAACUCACAUUUGCUGUAAAUGGCGGCUCGACUUUCCAUUUCCAGCAGCUUUGA